UCCGCUGGGCAGGAUCCGCCGCGCCGGCUGCGGCCGGCCGGGCUGCGAGACCCGCGAAGGGGAGAGGGUGAGGAGACCCGGCGGGCAGCUCCGCACGGACUGGGAAAUGAACGCCUGGAAAUCUGUCUGCGAGCGGACCCAUGCUCCAAGGACCAAACGAGCCGCGUGAUCGCCCGCCCUGGCCCUGCGACCCGAGACAUGGGCCAGACCUCGGUCUCCACGCUGUCCCCGCAGCCCAGCAGCGUUGACGGACUGGACAAAGCUUCUAUAGCGAACUCAGAUGGCCCAACAGGAGGCUCCCAGACACCUCCCUUCAAGAGAAAAGGGAAACUCUCCACCAUUGGUAAAAUCUUUAAGCCUUGGAAAUGGAGGAAAAAGAAGACCAGUGAUAAAUUUAGAGAAACAUCAGCAGUAUUAGAAAGGAAGAUUUCUACAAGACAAAGUAGAGAGGAGCUGAUAAGAAGGGGAGUUCUUAAGGAAUUGCCUGAUCAAGAUGGAGAUGUAACAGUUAACUUUGAAAAUUCAAACGGGCACAUGAUACCCAUCGGAGAGGAAUCUACCCAAGAGGAAAAUGUAGUAAAAUCUGAAGAAGGUAAUGGCUCUGUAGCUGGAAAAGCAUCACCUCUGGAGGAAAAGGCAGAAGAUAAGAAAGCUGGUUCCUCUCAUUCAAGAAAAACUGGCUCCAAAGCAUCAGCUUCACCAUCUACUUCCUCCACCUCAUCUCGUCCGAAAGCUUCAAAGGAGACAGUUUCUAGCAAAACAGGGACGGUGGGAAUCACAAAAGGCAAGAAAAAAACUGGCAAGCAGCCAACGUCUCAACCGUCCUCGGAUGCAACCACUUCCGGCACAUCUGACCUUAAAGGAGAGCCUACAGAGACCAGGGUGGAGAGUCUCAAACCCGAGCAGACUGUCUCUGGGACCGAGGAGCGGACCACAGGCAAACCCAAGUCUGCAGUCCCUCCGCCCCCUGUGGCUCCAGCACCUCCUCCCCCCGCCCCUCCUCUCCCUCUGGAGGAGCAGAGCAGUGUUGCCUCAGACACUCCUGUCGUCCUGGUCAGCAAUGGAGCUGACCUGCCCAUCCCUACCUUAGACCCCAGUCAGCUUCUCUGGACUGAAGAGGCGACAAACAGAACCACUGUGCCCUCAGGCACUGGCUUAAGUGUUAGCGGAGAAAAUGCAAAAUGUUUCACAACCAAAGACGAGCUGGGGAAGGCAGCGCCUCAGCUCCUGCCUCCUGGGCUGAUGGGAGAAUCUUCAGAAUCCUUCAGUGCCUCAGAGGACGAAGGCCAAAGGGAAUACCAGGCCAAUGACUCUGACUCUGAUGGGCCUGUCUUAUACACUGAUGAUGACGACGGGGAAGAGGAUGAGGACGAGGAUGGCAGUGGAGAAAGUGCUUUGGCAAGUAAAAUACGACGAAGAGAUACUCUUGCUAUCAAACUUGGCAAUAGACCAUCUAAGAAGGAAUUAGAGGACAAAAACAUCUUGCAGCGUACAUCUGAAGAGGAGAGGCAGGAAAUCCGACAGCAGAUUGGAACCAAGCUAGUCAGGAGACUUAGCCAGAGGCCCACAACUGAAGAAUUAGAGCAAAGAAAUAUCCUGAAGCAAAAGAAUGAAGAAGAAGAGCAAGAAGCAAAAAUGGAACUUAAACGUAGACUCAGCAGAAAGCUCAGCCUGAGACCCACAGUGGCAGAGCUGCAAGCUCGAAGGAUCCUGCGGUUUAAUGAGUAUGUAGAAGUCACCGACUCGCCUGACUACGACCGCCGGGCGGACAAGCCCUGGGCCAGGUUAACACCUGCAGACAAGGCAGCCAUAAGGAAAGAGCUAAAUGAAUUUAAAAGCACAGAAAUGGAAGUUCAUGAAGAGAGUCGACAGUUCACCAGGUUUCAUCGUCCAUAAUGAAGUGUGAGAUUCUUUGGAAACAGACUGAUCAUCUUUGGGGGAAGCCUCGCUUCCUGAAAACCUGAUGUUGCACUGGGAUUUGAAUGUGUGUGUUUCCGUUUAACUUGUGGUGAAGGAAGCGUGUGGAAAGUGCUCCCUACCUAUACAGCCCGGAUGGGCCAACAUGCAAAGGGAAGGGUGCAGCGACUCUGCUGUCCAGCAUGUGGAUUGAUGGUAAGGGACACCAUGGUUACACCACUAAUUCUUCAUCAAGAGUUUUAAUCAAAGAAGAUGAGCAGAAGACAAUCGCUGGUUCCCUGUUGCCAGAAAGCCACAUUUAAGAGUGAGGGUUAAAGAAGAAUGGGGAGUGGAAUUUCUGAGCACUGGAAAGAGGUGGGGGAUGAAAAUCAGAAAGCCAGAGAAAUACUUCAUUAUGUUAAUGAAAAGAAGAAAUUGAAGCAUAAAUGUAUUUUUGAAGUAGGCUUUUGGUAGUUGAGAACUUAUUAAGGGAUUUGGGGGUUUAAUCAUUCAAGGUGGAUUUCUUAAAGACCUAGAAGAAUAUUCUUGUUUCAUCACUAUACUGGUACAGUGUAGUACCAUUACUUUUUGUUGUGCCAGUGAAUCCAGUUGCCAGAAUUAAGUCUAAGUGUUUUCAUGUAUCUUUUUCUUAAAUGCAAGAGGCUUUUACUGACUCUUAAUAAGCAUGCUUACCCAAAUUCUGUUGCAUGCUUUAAGUAGCGUAGCUAUACAUACGUUACAUUUUUUUUAAUACUCCUUACCUAAUGUACCAACCUUCCACAAAGAUUAUAGGACUAGGAAUGAAGUCAGAUGUAAUGCGACCCUAUAAAUCUGUAGCAAGCUUUAGAAAUAAAUCUUUUGGUCUUUCCCUCACUUGAUUAUCUCCAAAGUUGAAACAAUCAUGCUUGAUCUAAGGAAGAUAACAUCGACAAUCAUGGCACCUUUUUAAAAAAUCUGAAUCCAAAGUUAAAACUCAAGUAAAAUGCAAGUGUUCUUCCAGCAGUUAGCACUAAAUGGGAAUGGAAAGAACUACUUAUUUUCCAUGCUGCAUUAAGUUGGAUUGCUGCUAUUAAAAAUAAUAAAGCACAUGGAUUAAAAAAAUACUCACCCAAAGACUUAAAAAGAACAGAAAAUUCCUGCUAAGUUGUGAGAACCUCAUUUAGUAUUUUAAGAAUCUGCAGAUUGCAUUCAUAAAUAUAGCACUGACUUUCAGUGCAAAAGAAUCAUCAGUGAGAUUAAAGAUUUCCCUAUGAGCCUACAGUCAAUACUGUUUACAUUAAGAAACCCUCUGUUGUCAUCUUGCUAUUUUCCAUGGAGUCAUGGACAUAGCAUGACUUAUGCUCCCAAGUAUAUAUGACCAUAUGUAAAUACUACCUUGCAUUUAAUUGUUCUUUCAUGAUUGUUUUGUACCCCUUUUAUUAAAAACACAUGAGAUGUAUAACAAGACAAGACCUAAAUAGAUGUUAUUUUAUUUUCAGAGUUUGGACUAGGAUUUUCUGAAAUGAUUCUGGUUCAAUAUAUGGAAAUCUGUUAUUUUCUAUUUCAACCAAAAAGCAAACAUUUAAUCUGGUGGACAAAUUUGGAUCCUGCCACUCAUUUAUACUUUAAAGAGCCACUUAAAAUUGGAUGAUUUUGCUUCAAAAAAAAAAAAUUUAGUCCCCUUAGCCUAUUACAGAAUGCCAGGACCAUUUUAUAACUAAGAAGAGUAGCCAGCAUUGUUGGCACCUCUUGCUGUAUGCAGCUAUGUGCAUUAAUAAAAUAAACCUAGAAUUCUACACUAUUGUCAUGUCAUUGAUAGAAGAAGACAUAUUUUUGUUUUGAAAAAAUUUUUCUGCAUGCCCAAGUGUCUCUCUCUGGAUGAAGUUUUAUCCAUUUCAUAGUGUUUAAAUCCAGCCGUAGAUAUUAACUAUGUUCCAGUUUUUUGCUGAAGCCAUAUUUUCCCUUAUGAUAGUGUUCUGUUGCCAUUUUAGUGUCUUGGGAAAAAUACUAAGGAAUGUAGUGUUAUUUUAAUUUUCUGUACUUAUAAUCUUAGAACAUUGUUUUAAUUUCUGAUCACAAGUCCUCUGUAAAAACGGUAAAUGUAAGACAUUUAUCACUGUUUUAUCACUCAAGAUACAUGUUAUAGAAAGUCUCUAUUUGGUUGAUAAAAGGAACAGUUUCUUCCCUCUAGUCGUACCUGUGAUACAAUUGUUUUAUUCCCUAUAUACUGAGAUGUACACUCAGUACAAAAAUGAGACUCUGGUCCCUCAAUUUAUUGUUUUCCUUGUAUGAUAUGUCAGAUUUAUGAACUACCCAUACUUUUUCUUCUACUGAUUGACAUGCUUAGGGAGAAGUUUAAAAGUCAAAAAAGUUAACCACAACUAGUUUAAUAUUUAAGAAUUGGAGCCACAAAUUAUUUCAUUAGAAUGAUUCUUUAAAUAGAAAGUUGUGGAAAGAAUGGAAGGAUUAUGAGCUAAGCUAUAUUUUGCAGAAUGAAGCUCUAUUUUAAGAGCUAAUUUCAAAAGGCAGAAACACUGCAUCUCCACCUCGACAGCCCAUCUAGUGGUCUCUUGCCCGGCAGCCCUAAGAGGGUACAAAGAUGUGGACCACCCUCCAUAGAAUUAUGUAUCUGCCUAAUGCCAGCAUUUCUGCAAUCCAACGAAUAAGCUGUGGUUCUAUAAAAAUAAAUGUGUAUGUGAAUUGGGUUGUUGUAAUACAACACCAGGGUUUUUCCUGUUUAAAGUGCAACAUUAGGCGGACAUAGAAGAAGUGAGUGGUUUUCCUGAGUCCCCAAGAUAUGAUUAAGGAAGAGAACAAAUCCAUCUCCAGAAAGGUUGCAGGCAGGAAAGAAUUAGAUUGUAAAAACCAAAGUGGCCAUUUCCAUCUUUUUUUAAAUGGAGAAAAAGAACAUUAACAUUAAGGUAGUAAGAAGAUGUCAUGAACUUUAUCAGCAUCUUCAUGGUCAUUACCAAUCAGUCUGACAAAACUAGUUCUCUGGUGAUUAGCGUUAACUUUAGGCAGCCCUGCCUGAUAAUUUCCCGCGUGUGUGAAAUGUCUUGCAUUUUUUUUUGUUCAAUAUAGUUUACCUUUAUGAUAAUUCCUAAAAUUAUUUAAAUGAAAUCUAUAAUACUAUUUUGGGUAUUUGAACAGCUGUUUUAAAUGGAGAAAAAAAGCACACUCAUCUAUCUGAUUUACCCAGAAAAACCGACUUUCUGGUUUCAUUUUCAUAUCCUUUAUUAGCAUAAUGAUGGCAAUUGCUUAUCUUUCUCUUAUGUUAGUAAAUAUAUCAUGUUAGUAGAAAGUUCUGAAAUGUCAGUGAAAAUGUUUUUAAUGAAGUAGAGGCAUUGAAUACACCCUUCAAUAAUCGUCAGAUACUGAAAAUGAGAGAUAAGUCCUUAAAACCUGUAACUCAGGUUUUACAACCUGCAGUUAAUUCCGUGCUGCAUUGGCACUUAAAAAAAAUACAGUAGCUUACACUUAAAAAGACAGAAAAAUCUGCAUUAACACUGCAUAUCCUAAUGUGUACCACAUUUUAACACAAAACAGACAUUGUUUAUACUUAAUAGAAUCAGACACAACUUUUACAAAUUAUACUAUAUUCACAGUAGAAAAAAGCAGCCCUGUCUAUCACAUAGUAGUAUCUCCACAUUUAAACAGUGAAAGGUCUUCAAAAAUGUCAUAUUAUUUCUUUAAUUCAUCCCAGCAGCGCAUUUCACACAGAGUGAGAAAUCUUCCUCAGAGGAGGUGAGAUGUAAUCAAGCUAGUAAAAGAUAGAUAAAUUUAUGUCAUUUCAUCAGUAUGGUAGCUUAAACAUUCCUAGAUCCAGUCAUAUUAUGAAGCCUAACCUUACUAUUGAAAGUAUAACUUUGAGACAAGAAUUAAUUUCUUCACAUCAUUAGAGAAUGUUAUGAGCACUAAGGAACCACUAAGAUGCAAUUUGUUUACAAAGUUUUCCCUUGGCCACUUGAACUGGCUAAUCUUCCACUAUUGGGUAUUUGAGUGUAUGUCACAUUAUUUUACUUGCCAAAGCAAAAUGAACUUCUAGAGCUGAAAUAUGUCCUAGAGGGGAAUGCAACAGCAAAAGUAGUCAUCAUAUUAAUAGGACCAUCUUUCUGAGAGAAGGCACAUUUCCAGAUAGUUGACACCCAAGUUUCAAAGAACGGCAUGAGGCGCUGUUAUGAUUUAGCUGUGAUCAAAGGGUGGUAGAACAAGGGUAGAAUACUCCCAAAGCAUUCUCAUUUUCACUUUCCAUUUACUUUUUGUAAUCAUUAACCUUAAACUCUUUAUAGAAACACAGACCACCAUUAGCAUCUCUAGAAAAGAACCAAAAAAUAGCCCACUUAUGCUUUUUCAAAGAGAGGCUCAUCCCAAAUUAAGAAAUCUUAUUGUAUACGCUGUAAGAUUUCUGGCAAAAAAAAAAGAGAGACUCCUAUAGCAGCUAUUCCCACCAAAAGCCAACCCUAUAGGCAAGGGUCAUUUUUAGCUAUGCUGGGAUUUACUGCACAAAAAAAAUGUCAUUCAGCUUGUCGCACUGCUAGCACAGCUGCAAAUAUGAGCAAAGCACUCCAUCAGUGUUUCUCAGUGGGGGUGCUGUUGGCAUUUGGUGCUGGGCAACUCUUUGUAGUACAGAAAUGUCCCACACGUUGCAAGACAGUUACUCUCCCGGGCCCCUGCUGACUAAAUGCCAGUAGUAUGUCCAGCCAGUAAUACUAAAAGUAAAAAGCCCUCCCCCAUGUUCAGCUGCCCUCCUGGGAGGGCAGUACCACUUCCCUUAAAUACCACUGUCUACUGCAAUUUGAGGACACAGGAAAAAGUGUCUGUCUCAAAACAUCAUCUUGAUUCCCUUGCGUUUCUCUGGUCCCUGAGUAGUGUCUUCCCCCAUCAUUUCUCUAACCUUCUGCUUCUCGCCUUCUGAUGCAGCUCUAGUUUAACCGGUUCUUCAGGGAGGAGAUUGUUGGGUAGGCUUGGCAGUUCCAGCAGGCAUUGUCACUUGGUUAGUCCCUGUGUGUACUUAAAGGAGAGAUUUCACAUGAAGCACACUUUUUCUUGCCCCUCACAGUUUUACCUCAGAACCACAUUGUUGGUCCUAAUCCUUUUCAGUGUCGUGAGGAUUAUUGCGUGGCUUAACCACAAACACAACAGCUAGCAAUCCAUGUAAACAGAACUAGUUAGUGGUCUGUGAAAAAUCACCAUUCGAUUUCACCUGCAUCCCAUGAGUUCCCAGACAGUCGCCUCUUUAUCCUGUUAAAGAAGCAUUUAAUCCACGUGCACAUGCUUGAAUUCCCCCUGCAUAAACAUAGUCAUGCAGUUCAACUUUUCUUAGCUCUGUGAAUACUAAAUCACGAAGGAAACAAGGGUGAGCUGUGGAUUGCAUGCACAUAUUGUUCAUAUUUCAGCAAUGACCAUACACAAAACAAGAUGACUUUUACCUAGGUGAAACAUUUUUAUACUAUACUAAUGAUACAGAAACAUACUUCCUCUCUUUGUAACUCUUUUUCUCCAAAACUGAAGGAUAAACGUCUUGAAAUUAUUUGGAUGAAUUGUGGCUCAUGGAGAGAAUGAAGUUAGCCGCCGUAUUUUUUUUCAAUAUUAAAAUUUCUAAAUAUCUUUUUUGAAGCAGAGCAACUCAGUCAAUAAAGGUGGUUAUACUGGGAACUUUUAGAUGGUGCUUAAGAAUUCUUGUUAAAUACCAGUUUGGUUUUUUGUUUGUUUGUUUUUAUUUUUAAGAAUAAAUUGAAAGGGAGUAAAUGAGGCAGAAUGCCACUCCACUCUCAGGUCAAUUUUGUGGUAUGCGAAAAUGCCAGUAAUAUUUGUGCCACUUGCCAAUUUGAGGGGCUUUUCCCUUACUGGAUGUUUUGUUAUAGUUUGACUAUGUAUUACAUUGCUUAGAGAGCUUCCACAAGGAGAAGUCACCAAGGCAAUGCUAACAAGCAUUCGAAAACAACCUGAAUGAAUCUAGGGUCAAACCACUUUCAUCACUUAAAAUAGAGGCACUAAUUUUUAUUUUUACUUUUUUAAAUAUUUCUUCUGUGGCUUAGAAGUGUGCCAAUGUGUUCAAAACAUUCUGCACCGAUUUCACCAGAUUCAGUACCUACUAAAAACUCAAACUCAUCAUUUUUUUUUCUACGUAACAGUGAUUUUUAAAUAAAGUACUAUAUGCAUUCUUUUGUUAUUUCAAGCUUUGGUGAAAGUGCUAAGAAUGGUAAGCUGCGAUUGUUAUCAGACUGACUGAAUGAUUUCUAAUUUCCAGUGAGUGAUCUAAUCCUACAUAUUACACAGGUAUAAUAUCUGUGACUGUAAAUAACUGGAACUGUAUACUGAUUAACAUGAGUUUCUCUUUUUUUGUUCUUAAACCUGUACUGUAUUAUAGUGUGUGGGUAUGACUAUCUACACGUAUCCACACAUGUAUAUGUAAUUCCACUAUUGUAACCUGAAAGAAAGACUGUGUUAUCUUUUUUAUUCUGUAUUGGUGUUCGUGUUAUUUAAAAAGCAAAAUUAUGCUCUGUGUAGUUGUAUGAUAUUAUAGGAUACUUUGCUGUGCACAGUUCCAAGUGCCUUAGAACAGUGUUUAGCUUUCUUAAGUAUAUAUAAAUGCAUAUAUGUAUAAAAUUGGGAAAAGUUACCUCAAUAAAAUCAUUGGGAAAUCCCCGGCUUUAGUUUGUUCCCGUUUCUAUUGUAUUCAGACAGUGCUCAGUAUUUUUAAGUUAAAAGCUCACAGAGUCCUCAUCUGUAAAGCAAGAAUAAGAUAUCUUUUCUAGUUGCCUGUAACUUCAGCUAUGCCUGACUUAAUUUUCGUAUGUAAGUCCUUGUGGUUUGUACUUUUAAUUUCAGAUAUCUGUCUAAAGAGUUACUGCUUUAAACAGCAAUUUACAGUUUAUUUUUAAAACUUGCUCUCUUUUUAUAUCUGAGGAGAUUUGAUAUUGCUGUUUUCAUUCAUAUUUUAAUGUAUAAAGAAAGAUAAGAUAGUCCCUUUAGAGUUUCUAAUAUAGA